AUGUUGCGCUCAGGCCGUCCCGCAGCUUCUCCCUCUUCUUCCCUUUUGCCUUCGCUUUCUUCCAUCACGGCGUCCCCUCGUCCGCCCCGUCUCCCUAUUCUUGCCCCGUCGGCUUCCCCCUCGGAAACGACGUCCUUCACGGCCUCCCAUACUCACCCGCUACCAUCGUCCGAGGCUGAAGGAUUUUCCACCACUUGUUCUCGCUUCUCCUCGCGUGGCUACCGCAUUCCGCGGCGUUCAUUCGAGGCCCACCGGCCUGCAUUUUCCUUGGCCGAUCGCUCCUCCGCGGCGCAGAGUUCCUCGCGAUCCCUGUCACAGUCAAGGAACUCGUCUUGGAUCCCCCCCGCGAUUCUACGCCCGCCUUCUGUACGACUGGCCAACCCUGUCAACCACGUCCCGCGAGCCACCCCUAUCACCCUCCCUCACCCGCUCCAGAUCUCGGACGAAAACCUACCGCUCGAAGCGCAUCGAGACGCCUACCCGCUUCUCUCCAUUCACGAGCAACGUCGCAGUCGACUGACCCCCUCCCCAAAUAGCCUGGUGGUCGAACAUAGUCAGGGGGAAAUCGAGAGUGGCCGCUCUAGUAUCGCAGUGCCUCGAGGGCAGAGGCGCAGUGGCGCGUUUGACGACCGCUGGCUUUCUCAGGAGAUGUCCGACCCGACGGCUAGGAAUGAGAGCCGGGAGGCAAGCAGUCUUCGUCCGCCCGACCGGGCCCAUCUUGGACUCGAUACCGCCGGUCCACGGGGACCCUACGAUGACGAACGACCUCGACAUGUGCAAUCGCAGACCUCACUACGGUCCCAAUUGCAAAUCGCCUCGAUUCCUUCCAACAAUCUUCCUCCGGUGAGCGGCGAACCCGAAGUGGCAGAAGAACUAGCUUGGGGUCCAGCCCAUCCGUGUUACCCUCACAUCAACUCUCACGUCCCGAUCGGCUCCAAUGAAUUCAUGACGACGCGACUCAUUCGCAUCCGACGCGAUUGGAUGGUUAAGGGGGACCUGGCACCGACCUUCUCGAACCUUUACCCCGAAAUUCUGGAUCCGUUGCUGCCGGAGCAAGAGUUUCGCAAGGUGAUUGCGACGGUGAACGAUGAACUCAUCAAAGCGUUCGAUCCGUUCAGUUUCCGAAACUGGCUGGAUGGCGCGUUGGGCCUGCUCACAGGCUGGCUGUGGGAAGACAUUGGCGCACCGGCUAUCAAGGGUCACCUCCGACGCGUGGAAGAUUGGAUCGAGAAUUGGAAUCGAGAAGUUGGUGCCAAGGACGGGGUGCACAUAUGGAGUCUUCGACGGACGGCCUACAUGUCCCUGGAUAUCCAGAUUCCUGAUCCCAAGGUCGGUAUCAUUCAUAGCGAAGGUGGGACAUCCAUUCCGGGUGGAACAUCCAUCCCGGGCACCAGGCCGAGCAGCGGUGUUUGA